UUGUUCUAUAAUUCUGAUCACUAUUCAGUUUGUGGUUUCCAAACACUCCUUUUUGUUCUUCCCCACUACACUCUUCGCACGAUCCUCAAAGUCUAUACCUUUUUUCUUUUUCAUUCCAACGCUUCUUCUCUUUCUGAUGUUGCUUACUUACAACUUGGAUACCAAUGUUUUGCAGACUUCAGUGUUCUGAAAGAUUUCUGGUGUUGGUGCACACAUAUUUCACCUUUUGCACAUCCUGCUUCUUCCUAAUUCCUUAGGUGAUAAGAAAAUGCAAUUGUAUCAUCAUCCAUUUGAUUUGGACAGCCAGAAGGUGAGACUUGCGUUGGAAGAGAAAAGCAUUGAUUACACAUCACACCAUGUCAAUCCUGUGACUGGAAAGAACUUGGAUUCUUCAUUCUUCAAGAUGAAUCCUGGUGGAAGACUCCCAGUUUUUCAAAAUGGCUCUCACAUCCUUUACAAGACUAUUGAUAUAAUCCAGUACAUAGAAAGAAUCGCCGUGUUCUCCUCUGGGUCUGAAAAUAUCAGUAGCAGUAACAAGGAAGUGAUUGAAUGGAUGCAGAAGGUACAAGAAUGGAACCCAAAGUACUUUUCCCUUUCCAAUGUACCAGAGAAAUACAGAAUAUAUGUUUCCAAGUUCUUAAGGAGAGUGGUGAUUGCUCGAAUGUCGGAGUGUCCAGAACUAGCAGGUGCUUACCAUAGGAAGUUAAAGGAAGCAUAUCAGACUGAAGAGAGAGUGAAAGAUUCAGAUGUGUUGAUAAGGAGCAAGGAGCAUUUGGUUAGGCUGCUUGAUGAAGCAGAGAAGCAGCUGAGUGAAACACCUUAUUUAGCAGGUCAAGAGUUUACUAUGGCUGAUGUGAUGCUCAUUCCAGUGUUGUCUCGUUUAGUGCUCUUGGAUUUAGAGAAAGAGUACAUAACUGGGAGGCCAAACAUUGCUGAGUAUUGGGUUUUGGUUCAGCAGAGACCUAGUUAUAGGAAAGUGAUUGGUAGGUAUUUUGAUGGUUGGAAAAAGCAUAAGACAUUGGUAAAAACUUGGUGCUUUGUUCGUAUUAGAAGCUUGCUGAAGAGAUACUAGUAAGGUGUUAUUGGUUGCCCAAAGAAAACUACAUGAAAGAGCUUUUUGUGUGUUGUAGAUGAGAAGUUGUUAUCAUAAACAUUGUUUGUAUUUUCCCUUUUUAGAGAGUGAAGGGGGAUUCAUUUUUCUUUCUCCCUUGCCAAAUGUUGAUGCAGAGUACUAAGCUUGGAUUUGUGUUAGUUCAAUCAAUUAGCAAUUUCUGUGCAAUGUUGUAUACUGAUAUGGGAAGAAUUUCUUCAUAUGAGAAUCGUUACUUGCUUUGUGUAUACUUAUUUUGGUAUUUGUAAAUGCAAAAGCAAAAAUAACGUACUCAUUCUGUCUCCUUAUAACAGAUUCUUCUGGUGUUCUACAUUUUCUUCCUGUUUUGUUGUAUGAUCAUCAAUGAUCAAACGGAGUUUAAGUUUA